AGCGAUAGUUUUAUUUCCACUUAGUAUUGAAAUGUCAAUAAUCUUAAAUAAAUAAUUGUUUAAUUAAUUAUGCAUAUAGAAUUAUUUUAUGCAUGUUAAAAACAAACCAAACUAUCAUCAUUAAGAGUAAAAACGGAAUCGCGAUUUUGUUAAAUUUCAAUGGAGUCUGUGGCCCAGCAACUUAGAGGGCUUUCGCUUCCAAAAGGUGACACAGGCUCACCGCCUGUAUGUAUUGGACAUGGAAAAGUUGCGGAGAUAGUCGCCGAGAUAAGUAAAAAGCAAAAUGCAUCAUUAAACAGGAGAUUGGAUAUACCUCCUAAGCCGCCGAUAAAAUAUAAUGAAAUGCCUCAGGUUCCAUCAAGCAGACAGGUUUCAUGUUCGCGGGAACCACUUUAUUCACAACCUCUGAUUGGAGUCGAGAAAAUGAGGGGGCAUAUGCCUUUUAGAAAAUACCUCAGCUCUGAAUUCGGAGUUGCUGAUACUCAAAUGAACAGAAAAACAACUUUGGAUAAUCCGGCAAUAUUGGAACAGCAAUUAGAAGCCCUAGCUUACCAUAAACUUCAAAUGGAAAAAAAGGGUCUUUUGGGAGUAAAAGCUAAACCAACACAGCCUCUCAAAAGCUUUACAAAGCCACUUUCAAAAACUUUGAGCAAAAGCUUAAUAUAUUCUAAUUUAGGGUUUGAACACAAUAAAAUAGAAAUAUCAGAACUAGCAACAGACGAAACUAAGAGAUCAGCGAGUACCUAUUCAAACGUUCAUGAAACCGCAAUGGACUCUCCUCUUAGCUCAGCGCAAAAGAUGCUAUUUGUCUGCACUAACUUUAUUUCAGACAACGAAAAAGAUGAGUUACCGCCCCCACCUAGUCCAGAGAGCGCUGUGAGUUCUUCAUACAGUGAGCUUCGUCACGCCACUUUGGAAUUCAACAAACCAAUUGAUUAUUUACAAAAUAACCAGACAUCGAAUCCUUUGCAAAUAUAUGCAAACCAAUAUGCGUUGCAACAUGAUGCCACAGGCAAGAGCUCUUAUACAUAUGAUUCAAUAUAUGAACCUAUAAACCCUCGACCCUGUGUUGUAGAUACGCUGCCUCGUGAAAGUUGUAAUCUGCAUAAUUCAUACGUCAAUGAUAAUAAUCCAAACAUUUGCCAUGAAUACAAUAUUUCGAAUUCGAUUGAUGCUAACCAAACACUAUACAUACAUGGUAAUGCUAAAACUACAUUUUAUGACGUGAACACCAUACAUAGAAAUGAUAAGGAAGGUCUAAAAAAUUACAUUUCAAUACCCACCGAACCGGUUCAAGAAUUUGAAAACUACGGUAGGUGUGUCAAAUGCAAUUCACGUGUACUUGGAGAAAGUAGCGGAUGUACAGCAAUGGAUCAAAUAUACCACAUAUCUUGCUUCACAUGUACAGAUUGCCAAAUUAACUUACAGGGAAAACCAUUUUAUGCAUUAGACGGCAAACCCUAUUGCGAAUAUGAUUAUUUACAAACACUGGAAAAAUGCUCUGUUUGCAUGGAACCAAUUUUAGAGAGAAUUCUUAGAGCUUCUGGAAAACCAUAUCAUCCGCAAUGUUUUACAUGUGUUGUAUGCGGAAAAAGCUUAGAUGGGCUAUUAUUUACAGUUGAUGCUACUAAUCAAAACUAUUGCAUAACAGAUUUUCAUAAAAAAUUUGCCCCUCGCUGUUGUGUCUGCAAGCAACCAAUUAUGCCAGAUCCAGGACAAGAAGAAACGAUCAGAGUAGUGGCUCUAGAUCGAAGUUUUCAUCUAGAAUGUUAUAAGUGUGAGGACUGUGGGCUCUUACUAUCAUCUGAAGCUGAGGGCCGCGGAUGUUAUCCCCUGGAUGACCACGUUCUAUGUAAAAGCUGCAAUGCAAAAAGGGUUCAGGCUUUAACAAACCGCAUGACGUCAGAACAUUAAAUUGAGUGCUCAUUUUAUUCAUUGCGCAUUUUGAUAUCCAAAAAUUAAUGUCGGAAAAUAAUAGAAAAGACAUCAUUGUUUCGUUA